GUGGCCGUAAAAUGUGGUGAAUUCCGCCACAUAACGUUCUUCAAGCUCCCAAAAAAUGUAUAUUUAGAACAGUAGGAAAAUGUUGAUUUCAUGGGAGGUAAAAUUUUUCAUAUCGUGGCAAGAAAAACGAACGAUAAUCACAAAAUCUUUCGAUCGAUCGAGAUGAAAAACAGUAAAUGAAUAACAAUGUGUUCCAAUUGCGCUUUAAACUGGGUCAAGUUUAGGCAUAACCUUCGUAUUCGUUGAUACAUGCUAGCCGUAAGGAAGAUAAUUAUAGAUUGCCGAUCAGUUGUUACACAGAGAGUCAUCCGUUUGACACGUAUUUUCGGCUGCUCCAGACACGCGAUGUAUCGCUUGAUAUUUCACACGAUAAAGUUGAAAUCGUUCCUCAGAUAAGCAAAAAAACAUCUGAAUCUUUAUCAGAAUAGAUCUUGGAAUUCCAUCGAUGCGAACAUGUGCGCUCGAUUGCUAUCCUGUCCGCUGUGUUCUCAACCUGGUUUCGUGACGCUUGACGCCCUAAGAGCGGGCCUCGUGAGCGUUGCCACAAGACCUCUUGCCUGCCCGGUCUGUGACGAGACUCUUCUGGGCAUUGAUAAACUUACCAUUCAUCUUUUCGGUCACACCAUCAAUGCUACUAGUCGCGGCGAUGCCCAAAAAUCUCAAGUGAUCAACCACGACAGCAGAAAUCAUGAAGAAACUGCAGCUUCGGAACAGAACUGGAACGUCCCGAACAAUCCUCCCCUUUUGUGCGAGAGGACUCCAACCGAUGACAUGGCAGAUGAGAAACUUGCUUUUGUUCCCCUCUCCAAUUUGAAUUCUUCAAAUUCUGUUGCUGCGAUAGUUUUAAAUAAAAAUGCAAAUUCAACGCCGACUACAGUUGGAAGUUCACAAAGUUAUGCUACGGUAUCCGAGGACAUGGAAAACCACGUUAACCGCAUAAUAUUUGUGCCAAAUUUGAGGCAACAACAAUUCCAUUCUCCAACAAGACGAAAUUGUUCAGGGACCUUGACGAAUGGGGAAAUUUAUGAAUCACCGGGUCCACUGUUAUUUCAAAAUCCUAUGCAAAAUGAUGCCCCGGCGUUGACAUUGCCUUCUCAAACGUGCUCGAAAAAAAGUUCUCGUAAAAUCAAUACUGAUGAAAUUUAUCAAAGUGAUCAUUUUAUUAAAAAUUCAAACGUUGGCAUGAGCGAAGAAAAAAUUGAUGUUCAGGAGCACUAUUCCGAGACUUGGAUAGAAAAUUUGUUGCAAGAUAACAGCGAAAAAUCUCCAGAGGAUCGUGACAAAUCCCCUUCUGAAGAAAAGAAGAAAUAUUCAAUGAAAAAUUCUUUAGAUUUAUCCAAGGAUGAAAAAUUUUCCUACUCGCAAGUGAACAUCAAUCAGGGUCAAAGUUCCAAUAUGAAAGAAAGUCAAUUUCAUUCACAAAAUUCUGAUAAUCAAAGGAGCGAAGCAGUGUUUAAGGGAAACCAUCCGAUCAAUCUGACUUCCGCUAAUGUUUUACCUCAGCUGAAAGCGCUGAGGCUUCUCGCCAUGAAGGACAAAACAGAACGCUGCAAUAUUUGUGGCAUCCCCGUACCUGAUCGCAAUAUUCUCAGUCUGCACAAACAGGUUGUACAUAUGAUUGCUGAAAAGGAUAUCAACACAAUGCCUGAAGAGCUCUUGAAGAAUUAUCCCUGUCAUCUGUGCACUAAAAUAUUUAAAAAUCGGGGCAGUUUGAUGGUUCACAUGAGGAUCGCACAUAUCGGAUACAAUUUCAGUUUUGAUGGAGUAUCUUUGGCCAAAGAUAAAGAUAUCGACGGAUCCUGUUGCGAGAACGGCUACAACUGUCCAACAUGUGGGAAAAACUUCAGAAAAGAACAACACGUGACCCAACAUUUGAAGACUCACGAGGGUAAACAAUGGGAAUGUGACAUUUGUAGCAAAAUGUUUACGACAAAGUAUUUUUUGAAGAAGCACAAACGUCUUCACUCCGGCGAGAUGCCUUACAAAUGUACUUUGUGCGACAAGACUUUUACGUUCCAACAAUCAUAUCACAAACACAGAUUGUAUCACAAAGAUGACAAGCCACAUACUUGCGCGACUUGUGGCAGAUCUUUCAAGGAACUAUCGACUUUGCACAAUCACGAGCGAAUACACACCGGUGAAAAACCAUUUGUUUGUGAAACAUGCGGAAAAUGCUUUCGUCAGCGGGUUUCGUACUUGGUCCAUCGUCGAAUACACACGGGAGUAAUGCCAUACAAAUGUGAUGCAUGUGGAAAAAGUUUUCGGUACAAGGUCAGUCAAAGAACGCACAAAUGUCCGAUACAACCGGAAGAUUCGGGUGCUUCAGUCGCGGAAGCUGGGACAACAAACGCGUCUCUGGCAUCAAGUUCGUGCGGAGAUUCUUCGGCAGUGACGAAGAGCAGUAUUUUUGUACAAAACGACGGAAUGACAGAAAUUUCAACGAGCGACAACAAGUUUAUUCUCAUUGUAAAUACUCAAGGUCAACCGAUGCUUGCCAGAGAAUCGGACGUAAGAACGAAUUUUCUCAACGAAAGCCAAAGUGAGAGCCAGGAAAAUAAUAAAGUGAAUGAGGACGGCGACAACGAGUUGUGGAAAAAUUUAUCUUGCAAAAACGCUUCAAAAGACUCAACGAAUUCGCAUCCCAUGGAAAAAUGCACGGGCCCCGAGGAAAAAUUAUCAACUAACGAUGCCAACGAUUUUUUUUCGAUAGUCAUGUCGCCGUUGGAAAAUGAUUUAUCAUCGCCUUCAUCCGAAAUGGAACAUUUGCGUCUUUCUUCUCCCAGAAACGACGAAACGAGACAAAAUGAUUCCGUUGAAAUUUGCGAAAAUGACCCUUCAAACAUUCUUCAGAAUGAUCUGAGCAACGCUAUUGAAGGCAUUUUUCGUAACAAUUGUUCCAACAAUAGUCCACUCGAAACCAUUAACGAGGAAUCUCUCAAACAAUUGCUUUAUGGCAUAGACAGAAAAUCUUGAAUCUUCGCAUUAAUAUCUUCUUUAGAGCGAGAUUGACCUCCGACUUGGACCACAGAGUCGAAAAGGUCACAAUAUUUGAGCAAAAAGUUACUUUUUUCGCAUUUUUUCAAUACCGUUUUCUAUUCGUAAAGUUUUCAUCAUUAAUGCGACUUCUUCUUAAGUUAUUUUUUCCAGUAUCGAAAAAACUAAGAAAAUAAUGCGUCAUCAAACUUUAGCAUCGCAUACGAGAAUCAAUUAAUGCUGAAAAGUAAAUUGGGAUUGUUUUCGACCCUGUCGCAGGGUUCACAUCGAAAAAAUCAUUUUUGGUGGUUCAAGAUUCAAAACGCAUGACAGCGUGGGGCAUUUCGCAUCACAAAAUUUACUCUGAGAAUCGAGAAAAUUCUGCACGUUGAUUUACAAGAAUAAAUUUCGUCCAAUCAGAAUCGCCGAAAGAAAAGUGCAAAUUCAUGAAAUUUGUGUUCGAACAUUUUAGAUCGAUGUGAAAAAUAAGAAAAUAAUUUUACAAAUAAUUUUUCCCGACAAACAUCUUUGGAUUCGUCUUAGAAAUGAACGAAGUACUUUUUUAUAGUUACUUACAAACACAAAAACUGAAAAUUCGCACCACAAAAAUGUUUGUAUAAAAUGCAAUAAGAAAUUAUUUUACCAAGUCUUGUUUGUGAUACUACAAUAAUUGUCGUUUGCGUCGGUAAAAUAGCAUUCUAAUAAGCAGAUUUAUAAGUAGAAAUAAAAUUAAAAUAGAAAGUUGUUCCAUUACAUCUUUUUUUUUAAAAAUGUCACAAAUACUUAUAGAAAACGGUAUUGUAGUUCGCAUUCGUUGAAGUUAUUUAAUUGUCCGGUAUAUGUUUUACUCCUUUUGCUAACUUUUUUUUAAACAAAAGCCUUAAAAAUUGUACUGAUAUGGAAAAUCCAUUGCAUUAUAACAUUCUAUGAAACAAAUCUGGAUUUCGUUCUACAAAUUUCUCAAUCAAUACCAAUUUUUCCUCUGAUUUUUCAUGGGAUAAACACGAAAAAUAUUCACGAAACAUUGUUCUGAUUUCACUUUUAAAUAACUCGAGAAAUCUGCGAUCUUUUAAAAAAUCACUGAAAACUCCAAAAUUUCGAAAAAUCUUGGAAAAAUUUUGUUCAUUUAAAACACAAGUGAGUAACAUUUUUGAGUAAUAAAAUAAUUUUGAUAUUAUGAUGAAAAAUAGUUGGACAUGAAUAAUUCAUAAAUAACAGGACAAAAGAGUAUAUAGUUUAUAUAAAAAUGAAAAAACUUCAGAAACGUCAUGAGUACCAAAAGCUUUAUAGAUCGAAGGAACAAGUAACUGUUUUUUUAUUCCACUUUGAAAAUAAUUGUAUUUCUACUCAAUAAAACAUUGUAAAAAACA